GCCAGCUUCUCUCAGCUUCUUUUUCAAGCCUGAGGCGUCACAGCUCCUUACUUGCUGCCCUUCAUACGUAGCUGAUCGGCCAUCUCUCAACAACAAAGAUGAAGAUAGGGAAGGCUCCUGAGCUCCUGAAGAAGGCCGUAGCGAUGUGCAAGAGCAAGACCACCAGGCUCCUCAUCCUCGCCUCGCUCCAGCGCCGCAGGAUGUCCAUGGGCGUUGUGGUCUCUCGCAAGAUCGACGCGCUCAUUGUGGCCGACUGGGAGAGAGCGGACCGCCACAAGGCUCUCGCGCUACAAACGGUGGAGAAGAGACCGGUAAUCAUCCAGGAGAGUGACUUGGAGGCCAAUUUCUCUCGUCACUUGGCGAUGUUCGGUCAAGAGAAUGGUCAUGGUGGCUGCCCAGCUAACCGAACACUGCAUCCCCUAUUCAACAACAACCACGCCAACUACCAUUACAGUGAAGAUGAUGAUGUGCUACUUGAUUCAUGCGAUCAAGAUGAUGAUGAUGAGCUGUCAGUCAUGGAUCUGAUCAUGAGCAAUGGAGAAGUUGAGGGGAUGGAGUUCAACAUGGAGGAGGACAUUGAUCAAGCUGCUGAUAUGUUCAUUAGGAGGUUCCGACAGCGGCUGAAUGAGGGAUUUUAGGGUCUUAUUAGCACAUGCAUGCAUGUAUCUUAGAUUAGGGCGUUGUCUUCUUUUUAGGUGCCCAAAAAUUAGAAAAUUUUGUGGACAUCAAUAUGAAUAGGAGUUGAGGCUUGACAAGCAGUUAUCCUUAUUUGUUAGGUUAAUCCAAACAAGUUUGAAUUUGGCUAGAAGUGUGCUAGUUGUGUCCGGUUAGGAUUAGUAGUGUGAUCAGCGUUGCCGGUAAUUAAAUUAGGAAAGUUAUGUACGGCAACACCAAGAGUACUAAUCGUACGUGAGUUAGUAUAUAGAUGAGAGUCCUAGUCAUAGCUAUCCGAGUAGAGCUAGGAUGUCAUGUCCGUGUACGUGUCGUGUUAGGUUAUGGUGGAGUCGGCUACGCGCCAUGGUUAGGACCGAUAAGGGUUGCGUGAGUUUUGUAACACCGAUGACAGAGAGAAAAAGAGAAA